AUGGACUACUUCACCCGAAAUGCACAAAGUGAUAUCGACUGGCACACCACUUGGCGCGAAAGCCCGGAAUACCAGAAUAUUGGAGAGGGGCUUGACAAGCUGCGAAAGCUCGCCAAUAAACCUCCAACUGUGGUAAAUGCACACGAUUCCUCCAGUUAUCAGGAGUUCUCCGCGCCGAUUGCCACGCAAUUCAUGGUGGUUGGAUGUCGUGUGUUUCAACAGUACUGGCGUUCGCCCGGGUAUAUCUACUCCAAAGCGCAGCCCUGCAUCUUUUCGGUAGGCAUUGUUUAUUGGAUUUUCCUUCUUCAUGGGGGAAAAUACUUACCAAUGGCUGCAAAUCGGAUGGUCGGCAUCUUCAUCGUCUUGAUCGUCCUGAUGCAGCUGAUAUUCCAGACGCUUCCUGCCUUCGUGACGCAGCGGACAGUGUUUGAAGCCCGCUAG